AUGAUCUUGGAGAUCGACAAGGAUACGCGAGACUUCUCGACCGUCUACAAAAUAGAUUACCGUGAGAAAAAGAUCAAAAGGCCAAGCCAGCCGUUGCUGCGUUAUCCAUUAUCCUUGAAUGUUUUGAAUGAACCAUACAAACAGUAUUUGAAUACGCGACGGGAAAAUGACUUACUACCUGAAAACGAACGAAGCGAAGACCCGGUAGACUAUUUGAAUAAGCUUGUGAAAUUACAGCUGCGCGACAAGUUUCCUCAUUUGAGUAACGCUUUACCUCGCGUCGUGCCGAAUGAAGAUUUGAUCGAACGCGAGAAGGACAAAUUAAGACGGAGCACGUACCAACUGGAUUACUGGAAAGAACCUGAUAAAUACCUGCGGUCGCGAUUACACCUCGACAAAGGCGAAGAGUUACCGAAGGACUGGGUCGUAGUUGAAACGGUUUACAAACGGGCAUACCGAGAUCCGCAGGUAAUCAUGACGAGGAACUUGAUGAGGCCGCUGAAGAUGUCCCGACCGCGUAACAAUCUGGCUCCUAAUCUCAAAGAACGGGAUAUUCUUCGUGUUACGUACGUAAGAAGAACUCAUCGAGACGGCCGCGUCGACUCUCCCGGAUCAACGUUUCGUUACUCGCAUAAUUUUGAGAGUUUGAGACAUCUUCCUCUUCUCCGCAGUACCGGGAAUUCCGAGUAUAUCGACACAAUCGGAAGUACAGGACGAAGAAUUGCGUUACGGAGCCUCUCGGAGACGAGAGAAUGCGUUGGAUUAACACCCAAAAAAAAGUAAU